CUUGCGUGUUGAUUGCCUUAAGAGAUAGGGCUUCAUUUUCACGAAGCUUGCGCCGUUUGAAUUUCUCUUGCAUAGGGCGUAUUUUAGGGUAACGUAGUCGAGCAUCAAUGGGAAUUGCGACUGAAUUUUCAGCGCAUUCGACUCCGAUUUUCGAUUUAGGUCUGUUUUUUGAGCACGCGAGAUUUUAGGAUUUUGUAGGAGUGGCACGGCCUGUAAGGGUGGGAGGGGCAUUUUCUGCUAUUUUUUUCUGCAAUCGUCCUUUCUGUAGGGGUGGUCAUUAUUCCUAAGCAUGUGCUUGAGGAGGAAUCUGGGAGCAGGAAUCUCAAUUUUUUACGAAUAAUUUUUCUGCAUUUGCAGUUUCCAUUUGACCUGCCUUCGCUCUGUUGGCCAUUGCGUUCAGUUGCUUUCAAGAGCCAUGGAGGUGAAUCAUGAAGGCAGCAGUGGUUCAGGGAUAGUGCCUGCGGGAGGGACUACCUUAGGUGAAACAGUGGAAAUUAAAAUCAAAACUUUGGAUUCGCAAAGUUAUACAUUACGUGUGGAGAAAAAUGUGGCAGUGCCUGUAUUGAAAGAGCAACUGGCUUCAGUUGCUGGGGUGCCCGUGGAGAAUCAACGGUUGAUUUGCCGAGGAAAGGUCUUAAAAGAUGACCAGUUAUUAUCCGCAUAUAAUGUUGAGGAUGGACAUACGUUACAUCUGGUGGCUAGGCAACCUCCUCCAACUUCCGGAGUUGGAACCAGCACUGCUACUAAUGAAGGUGAUCAAGGGGAAACAGGUUUGCCGUCAUUAGGAAGCAGGUCUGGUCACGUUUCACACAGUCUUCUAAUGGGAACUAUCAACUUUCCAGAUAAUGGCGAAGGGCAAUUGCCUGACCUAAAUCGGAUUAUAAAUGCGGUCAUCAGCUCAAUUGGAUUACAUAGUGGUGCUCCUUUGCAAGGCGGUACAGGGAAUAAUUCUGCCGCAGGGGUGUUAUCUCCGGGGGUGUUGCCUACAUCUGGUGGAGUUGAUGCUGGUGCAGCUGAUAGAAAUGGUGGAGGUGAUCAGGGCACUGGCGUCCGUGAGUUAGAGCUGCAGAUUGACGCACUCUAUGGAAUGCCUUCCAAUGCUACAGGAACUAUUGGCCCGAGCCCUGUACGUGUGGUUCAGGCUCCUGUGGUCGUCCCUGACGCUUUGACAACCAUGUCCCAGUACCUGGACCGUUUGGAGCAGUCGUUUGCUGCAGAAGAGUCGGCAAGAAUUUCUAGUGCACAAGACAGUGGUCGCACUGAAGCGAGGGCGACUACUGAUGUCCACCCAAGUAGGGAGGAGCCUCAACGAGGAGCUUCAAUUGCUGCUUUAGGAGCCCUUGUGAAUCGAGUGAACAAUUUAUUGCGUGGUCAGGCUAGCUCUGCGCUUUCUCGACUCGCUAGUCGAUUGGAAAAUGAGCCAACGAUGCUAAACGCUGCUGCACGAGAAGAUGUACAACACACAGCAUACCAUGAUGGUAAUUUGAUGCAGCAGAUAGGGGCUCUUCUCUUAGAGCUGGGCCGGGCUACAUUGUCUCUUCGUAUGGGUCAAUCUCCUAGCGAGUCUGCUAUCAAUUCUGGGCCGGCUAUUUUCAUUUCCCCAACAGGACCAAAUCCAAUGAUGGUUCAGGGUUCAAAUGUUGCCUCUUUCCGACAAGUCUUUGAUCUUUCUCGCACAAAUCGUCACAAUUUUGCUUUGCCACUACAGUCAGCAGGCGGUUUGGCUGUUGGGACUGGCCUACCGUCCACUCCUGCUGGUGGCGCUGGCUUUACUGUGCGACAACUUCUAGAGCGGGCAGACCAUAGGAAUACAUCUCACGCUGGUGCUACAUCAAAUGAUGCGGGUGGCCCUGCCCGUCCAAAUCGUCCCAGUAACGAAGCUGCAGACGGGGCCAAUCCAGUAUCAGACAGUGUGCCUUCUGGCUUCACUGGAAUGCAAGGCACUCUCAUGACACUUGAUGAGAAUGGAGCUGUUCGAGUGGUUCCUGUUCGUUCUCUUGGUGUUGGUCAUCCUCCCGGCACUACUGCAGAGCAUUUGGGUCCAAGGUUUCAGCAUCAAUUCAUUGUCAGACCAGCUUCCAACCCGCCGAACGACGCAUCUGUCGCUGCCGCCGGCAAUCCUGUGCCACCAGUAUCCAGUGAUUCGUCCAGGCUGACAGAUCAAGCAAGUCGCAGCACACCAGGAGAUGGAGGUGGAGCUUCUGAUCUUCUGAAUUCCUUGGGACCACUUCUGCAACAUUUAGCUGGUGCACUUCAACAGCCAGGGGACACAACACUGCUUCAGCAGCAGCAGUCCAAUUCCGAUCAACAGCAACCGCCAAGGACAGAUACAAUUGAAAGGGAAACAGAUGCUGAAGCCAGGUCCACAGAAGAUGCACAGGGUAGUAGAGAGUUGUCCAAUGGAAGGUCUGUUGAGCCAGCUCUCGAGUCUGGGGUGAUAAGCAUGGUGACAGAUGAAGUGAGUGGUUAUCGUGAGGGACCAGGGUCGAAUAAUUACCCUACUCCUCAAGAGCAGACGUUUGGCGCGAGUGAGAGUGUUGGCCCUAGUAGAGGAUCUUCGGAUGCAUCCGCCACUGCACCAAUCGGACUUGGGUUUGGGGGACUUCAGCCUCUUACAAGGGGAAGAAGGAGGCGACAGGCACAGCAGUCCAUUCAAGAUGAACAGCGUCAAGCAGGGCAGGAUGUUUUGCAGAACCUCUUAGCACAAAGAGAAAUGGCGAAUGAUAUGAACCAAAGACUCAACACGCCUUUACCUUCCUUGAGCAAUCUAGUGAGAGCAGUAGGAGGUGCUGAUAGGCAGCAGGGGGACCCUGGUAUUAUAGGGCAGCUUAUGAGGAGCCCUGUCGUAGAGAAUCUUGUUCAACAGGUCAUGCAAGGCGUCGGUGAUGUAGAUGGAGGAGAUGGAGCUCGCCGUGGACUAGCAACUGGUGACUUAGAUUUGUCAGGGAUGUUACAACAUAUGAUGCCUGUAGUUACUCAAAUGUUGGGUGGAGGAUCUUCAGCGGCUUUUCCUGGGUCUGUAGCAGACUCAAGUGCUAGAACAAGUGCUGUUGGAGCAAGGGGUACUUCUUCUCAGCCAUCCGAGACUGAAAGAUGGCAAGAUGCUCUAUCACAGGAGGAGCUAGCUGGUUGGAAUGAGACGAUUGUAGCCGAUGAAGAGGCUCAACAGUCAAUGCCACCUCAGCGUCCGUUAAGUGAUGUUUACCGUCGUGGUACACCUGCUGCUAAACGGCAAAAGACUGUAGUCGAGACAGCAGCAGAAAAACUGGAAUCCGGAGGAUCUGCAGAAGUUGUUCUUCGAGAUCUGACUGAUGCUGCCAAUGCUGAAAUUUCAGGCAACAAUGGGACUGCUGGUGCAGAUGACCUGGCUCAACAAGUUGUUCGAGUCGAUGGUCUUGCUGAGGCCUAUUUGCUUGUGCUGUUCAAUGACCUGGCUGCACGCGUGGCAGCAGACCCGGAUUUUGGCGAUGGCUCCCGCUUCCCACAUGCAGCCCGAAUCUUCCGCCAACCCCCGCAGACGCCAACGGAGCCAGAUGGAGAGUGACUCUGAUUGUAUGCAACACUCGUGAUGUAGCUUGUAGGUGGGUCACUAUAAAAAAGAGGUUUUUCUUCAUGUGGGUUGUAGACUUUUUCUUCAUUAGCUAUCAACCCUUAUAUGGGAGGAGUAGACGUAUCCUUCAUGAGCAUGUGCUUCCUUCAGAUUAGCUUAAGCUUUGGUUCUUAUGAACCAACUGUACCGUCCAAGACCAGCCCCCACCUUGUUUAUUUUGCUAGGUAGAGUUCAAUAUAAAAUCUUAACCAACUUGUUUACAUUUUUAGGCAGUACAAUACUAACUCGUCAAUGCUUUACCGAAUCUGGUGCUUGGGUCUUUAUGUACUGUUGCCACCUGAAACAAUUUUACUUAAUGUGAUGUUACAGUCCACCGUACCGACUUUUAUGUA